UGUUUUCAGAUGGGUAAAUCAGAAGAUGAUAUUGGAGUGCUGUGUGGAUUUUCAGUUGAUCAACGGUGCCUGCAAGCCAUGUAUUGGACGACAUGGAGUUAACUGUACAUCACCCUGUCGGUUUGGUUACUUUGGUUUUGGAUGCCAGCAAAGAUGUAACUGUUCAGACAGGCAGGGAUGUGACCGACACACAGGCUGUUUUGAUCUCGCGGAUGGAAAGUGCGCAAAGUCUUACAGCGGAGAGAUCCUAGGUGUGGUAGGAGUUCUAUUUGGGAUUAUAUGUUUGUCUGUGGCAGGUGCUCUUACCAGGAGGUCUAAGUUGUAUUAUGGUAACUUUGUUUAA